GCGUGCCGUGCUCAGUUGGAACUGCUGCGUCGUCGUGCACAUUUACACGAUGGCAAAAUCUGUUAGUCAACUUUUGCGGGAAGCUGCCGCAGCCCUGGAACAACAACAACAACAGAACACACAACAGAGCAUAACAAGCCAGACUCCGAUUGCCUCGCCUAAUGUCAACUCAUCAAACCCACGUCCCACUGCAAUUCCCCAGGCUGAGUCGCGGGCAUCUGUAGUUGCCAGAGAAACUGUUCAGCGUGAGGUGUCAAGACUUUUUUCACCAUACCCUCGCAGCAAUACAGUGUCCUCUGUCACGCGCAGACGACAGACUUUAAUAAAGCCAUGCACCAAAAAGAGUUACACUCAUAAGUUUUACUGUUUGAGUGGACGACGUGACUGCAAAGUACCUCAGCAGUGGGAAAGAAUGGAACUUGAAUGCUCAGGUUUGGGAGAAAAAAGGAUAAUUUUCCCAGAUAAGUUCUGCACAUCUGAUGAAUUCAAGUCCACGUUGUUUGCGGAGUUUCCAAAACUGAAAGAUGGUGGGGGUUUUGAAUUGCUCAGACCACAUGGGGCAACAAGGACAAAAACUUUACAAGUCAUUCCCUGUCCAUCAGAAGGCUAUACACCACAUUAUCUUCAAGACACCAUUGGAAUAAAUUCAGCGACUGUAUAUGUAAGGCCUCUUCAGAAAGACCUUGACAUGGAACCAGCUGAACCAAAUUGUGAAUCUGGCCCCCCUAUACAGUGCAUUUACUGUGAUGAAACAUUUAGCCAUGCAGAAAUACAGGACCAUGUGGACAAAUGUAUCUUGUCAGCGAAAGAGAAGAGUGCUGAAGAACACGAAAACAAAAACGGCAAAAACUUUGACUGCCAGGAGAUUAUUGACCUUGAAGACAUUGACGAGGUUUUAGAAGAGGGCUGUAGCAGCAGGCAAGAGCAUGAGGAGCAGGUUUCAGAAAGGAGUCAUAGCAGCAGAGAGCUGUGUCAUGAUCUUGCACUUGAUGGGAGGAGUAACAAGAGACCGGAUUCGAAAAUGGGCAGUGAGGAUACUGAAGACUGGAGAACUGAGCCUGACUUAAACCGUGCUGCUUUUAUAUUUCGACGUUCUGCACUGCAAGAAAUGGAGAAUCAACCAGAUCUUGUGGCAAAGAUGAAUCUACUUAAAAGUCCUGAAGAGAGAGAAAGAGAAAUACUGACAUUUUACAAAAACCCUUUGACCAACUGGGCACAUCCAUUGUCUGUUGUACUUGGGGGGGAUGCUGCCUUUGGAGAUGGCGUAAAACGCCAUUUUUUUUCCUUUGUUAUGUCAAGAGUGCAGUAUGGAUUUGGGCUGAAUCUUGAAAACUGUGGUAAAACAUUGUUCUUUAAUGGACAAGAAGACCAUUUGGUGCCUUCCACUUCUCGGCUAUUACUUGAUAGUGACCUUUUCCGUGUCAUUGGACGCAUGAUUGGACAUUCCUUCCUACACGGUGGUCCCUUUCUCACUGGUUUGAGUCAGUCUUUGUUCAAUCUGCUGAUUGGACAGAAGGAUGAGGUAGCUGUUGUAGAACUAGAAGACUGCCCUGACACUGAUGUGACUGAUAUUGUUUCACUUCUUCAAGGGUCUGGUAAUCUGACAGAAGAUGAACGUGACCAAGUAAAUCAUUUGGCAAUCAGCUGGGAUCUCCCACCAGUUAAUGAGAACAACAGAAAGUGGUUGGCACAAAGUAUCCUUUACCAUGCAGUCAUUGUUCGAAGGGAGAAGCAAAUUCGUCAGAUCAGACAGGGGUUAAAAGACACAGGAGUCUUGUGUAUGAUAAAAGAACGGCGUGAUCUGAUUGAUGUUCUUUUUCCAAGAUCAUCAGCGAAAAGGAUCACUUCAGAGAUGAUCCUCGACAGAACUAUAUGGCCAAGAGUUGACAGUGAUGAUGAAGAGUAUGGUGACUAUACUCUGGAGGACACAUGCAAAAUGACUGGUUUUUUUCGAGAGUACAUCGAAAAGGGCACACCAGAAGAGCUGAUACAACUCAUUCAGUUCUGGGUGGGUUGGGGUGUUCUUCCUCAGAAUCUAUAUGUAGAGGUGUCCUCUGAUGUUGCAAUGCCAACUGCAUCCACUUGCAGAGAAACAAUCAAGCUCCCAGUGAAAUACAGCACUUAUGAGAGUUUCCAGAAGGACCUGAAAGCUGCUGUAUCAUCCACAGACAGUGGGUUUGGUUUGGUGUAAUUACUGUUCAGUGAACA